UGAUAGACGAACAUAUUACCUACUUCCGGUUAAACAACCUUUUCGGUACUGACAAUAUGUAUAUCCAGCUAUUAUAAAUCACUCCACAAAAUUUGUGUCCUGUGUUUGCUGGGGGGAAAGGUAUGAGGAAAUCUGUGUGAGAAUUGUCUUCAUAUAAGAAUCAAUAUGGGCAGAUCAUCUUCAAAACCGAAGCAACAGCCAUCACGAGUCACUGAACAGGACAAAGCUGUUUUGCAACUUAAGCAGCAAAGAGAUAAACUGAAACAGUACCAGAAGAAAAUAUUUGUGCAGAUAGAGAAGGAUCGACAGGUGGCCAAACAGUUACUGCAUGAUGGCAAGAAGAGUAAAGCGAAGCUCAUGCUCAGAAAGAAAAGAUUCCAAGAGUCUCUUUUAGAAAAAACAGAUGGACAACUGGAGAAUAUAGAGCAAAUGGUGCAUGACCUUGAAUUCGCUCAAAUUGAAGCCAAGGUCUUUGAGGGGUUGAAGGUUGGAAAUGAGUCACUGAAAAAAUUACACCAGAUCAUGUCAAUAGAAGAUGUUGAAAAACUGAUGGAUGAAACACAAGAGUCGAUUGAAUAUCAAAGGGAAAUAGACGACAUUUUAGCUGGAGGUUUGACUGAGGAUGAUGAAGAAGAUGUCCUAGCUGAACUAGAUGAACUAACUAAGCAAGACAUUGCAUUGCCCGACGUGCCUACAGACGAACUACCAGAAAUACAAAAAGAAAAGGAGAGAAGGAAGGCUCAGAAAGAGGAGAGACAAGCAGAAGCAAUACCAGCAUCUUGACAUUUCAUCAUCAAACUAUCUUUUACUACAAUUAUGUCAUUUUACUGGAAUCAGACCAAUAUUAACAGUUCAACACAUUCAUCCAAGUUUGAGGUGGAAGUUUGAUAAACCGGAACUAAAGUGCAGUGAUAUAUAGCACACCAGUCCGCUGACUAAUUAGUGUGUUACAUUACAUUAUAUAAAAACUGAAACCGUUGUUAAAACCAAUACAUUAAUGAAUACAUGUAUAUGUUUUGGUCAUGGAAUUUAAAGAUGGUCUCCCCAAAAGCAAUAUUCCAAUAAAUUGAGCAAAAUUAUUGAAAACUUAUAAAUUUCACAUUAUGUUGGGUUACGAUUAUGGACAUUUGAUUCCUAUAAUGUAAUUAUCAACGUAAAUGCACAUUUUAUGUGUGAACAUAAAAAAGGAAAAGUCCUAUAAAGCACAGGGACCUGAUAUGUGAUAGAAUGGUCUUAGGAUCAGGAUGUUAAAUGUUAAGUGUUUGGUCCCUCUGUUAAUAAGCCGGUGUGAACAUGCUGUUUUGAAUGUGGUAAUCCUUCAUCUCUAUUGAUUGGUCAUGUAUAGGAGGCAUUUCAUGAUUUUUUGAUCCCGUUAUUUUCAUUUUGAAUUUAAGUGAAAAUUUUUAAAUGAUUUAUAAGAAUAGUAAUACAUUACAGGAAUUGAUAUUAAAAUAAUUUAAGUCUUUAUCAAGAAUUCAAGAUAUAGACAGAUACUUCGGAUAACUAAAAAAAAUAUUUUAUUGUCAUGAAAGCAGUACUACAAACUUUAAUCUGAUGUAUAAUCAAUUUUUCCCAGCAAAUCUUGUCAGUCACAUGACCAAUGUUUUAUAUAUAAUAUAUUUAAUGAAAAUGGACCUAACUGUAGCAUCACAAUACAGUAAUGAUUAAAAAAACCAGUCGGCUCGUGCUCAAUCCUAUAACUCGCCUAAUAAUGCUCAUAUUUUGUGAUGUAUAAGUUGUGAAUUAAUGAAUUACUGCUAUCAGUAAUAUUUUGUUAUUAUAGUGAAACCUUUGCAAUCUAUUUCUACAAUUUGUCAUACCAGACAACUUCAGCUGUAAUCCAACCUCUUAUCGAAAUGGUAUUAGAUAGGUUUCAUCGUAGAAAUAUUUUUCCAUCAUAUCUUAUAUUAAUAUUGUUAGGUCAUCUGACCUAUUACCAUAGUGUUUCGUCUGUCAUCCCCAAUAAUCUUUUCCUUCAAAAUGCUACUCCUCAUUAAAUGCAAAUUUCAAUCAAAUUUGGUCUGCAGCAUUAUUUGGGGAAGACAAUUAUUUCUUAAAUAAAUGAGACUUGUUAGACCCCUAGGUACAGAGGGUCAGGGCCCCAAAGGGGAACUUAGUUAAAAUUAUGCUUUGAAACACUACUCCUCAUUAAUGUCCGAGUGGAUUACAGCCAAAUUUGGUCUGUAACAUCAUUGGGGUAGGGCAGUCAUAUCACUUCUUAAAUAUAUUAGGCUGAUCUGACCCCUGGGGACAGGGUCUGGGCCUGAAAAGGGAAACUUGGCUGAAAUUUUGCUUUAAAAUGCUACUCCUAUGGCCGAGUGGCUUACACCAAAAUUUGGUCUGAAUCAUUAUUUCUAUAAUUAAUUUAAUGAAUUUGAUCCCUAGAGACUAAGGAGGGUGGGGUCCAAAGGGGAAAAUAGCUCAAGUUUGGCCUUAAAUUUGACUUUUUGCCACUGCUGACCAAAACUACAUCAUGAAAAACACAUUCUUAGUGGGAUAUUAUUAAAAGUGGUAUGUACCAUAUGGUAUUUCUGAAUUGGGAAUUAAUAUACAUGUACAUGUAUAUUCUUAACGAAUGCUUCAUUCAUUUCCGAGCAUAUUGAGAAGGGAGACAAAUUUAAGGAGGGUAACUCUGUAACUGAUUUUCAACUACUUGACAUUUGCUUUUUUAUGUAACUUGUUAAUGAAGCAAUGAUUCAGUUCCAAGAGUCUUCAAUACUUCUUAUUAAAUAUAUGGAAAAAAAUUAACUUGAAAUUUCCAUGGUAAAGCAUUACAGAGUCCUUGUCUGAUAUUUUUUUCUUGAAUCUAAUGAUGCUUCCUAUGGAAAACUUUGAACAUAGGAAUUUUUUCCUUCAUUUAAGGAAUGUUGAUGAAAGCUGGAUAAGGUCAUGCUUUGACAGAUAUAUACUUGGUAUACUCAUCAUCGUUUAUCUUGAGUUUGGUGGGUGAAUAGACUCGAUAAUAACAAGUGUAGGUUUAUGUUUUCUUUGAUACAUUGUGUAUUUAUCAUGUAUGGGCAUGAUUUAAGAAAUGAGUAAGUUAUCUUUUGUAUAUGAUUAUAUUAUUACAUAUUUAACAUGUAUCUUUUCCAUGUUCAAUACAAAGUUUCAUGCUUUUAAUUAAUAUACACUGUUUAUUAUUUUUAUGAUAUAAAGAUAAAGCUACUUGAAAUAAAUCCAUCAUUUAUUAAUC